AUGUCUACUUCACUUUGGGGUACAUGCCAGCGAUGUGGCACCUUUCACAGACUCAAUGAAGAUUGUUAUGACCCAGGACAAGAGAGCCCCAGCUACAACAUGACCUUUCUGCCCAUCGUGGGCCGUCAGGCUAGUCAGCGUGGUCGUACUGCUCAGCUACCCCAGCUGCAGGAUGGAUUCGACCAGCCACUCCACAGUGGACGCUGCGACGAGCCCAGCCGCGGUCGCACUCGUCACCGUGAUCAUGACCGCCAUCAUGAUCAUGGCCACCACCAUGCCCAUGCCCAUCAACAGGGCCACGGCCACCAGCACGGUCAUCACCAGGGUCACGGACAUCAUCACCAUGAUGAUUUUUCGGAUUCCUCUGAUGAUGAUCGUCGCCCUCAUGCACAUGGCCGCCAUCAUGCUCAUGGUCAACAACAUCGCCACGGUCAAGACAACGGUCAUCGCCAUCACGGUCAACACCAUGGUCAACACCAUGGUCAACACCACAGUCAACAUCAGGGUCAACACCACAGUCAACAUCAGGGUCAUCAUGAUGAUGGUGAACUCUCUGAUUUCACCGAUGAUGAACAGUUCCACCAUGAUCAUGAUCGUCAUGAUGGUGGUCGCCCUGCUCACCACGGUCAUGGCCAUCGCCUAGACGGUGCGCCUCCUCCGUACAGCCGGGUCCCUCCUGGGUAUGUCAUGGCUCCAGCUCCAGCUCCCCAGGGCUAUGACCGGGCUCCUCAAGGAUACGCCGUUCAACCCCCCCUGGGGUACGUUCCAGCUCCUGAGGGAUAUGGCCAACCUGCUCAGGGACGUAGCGGAGCCCGCCAGGGCCAGCCUCGUCCUCGCGGCGAUCGCUAUGGCUACCAGUAA